CAUACCUUGACCAAGCGCUUCAUUUCAACACUCCUUUGUUUUUGGAUUAUUUGAAUCCCCAGUAAUACAUUUCUCACCAGUUAUAGUAAGCCAGAUUUAUAAGGAAAAAUGAUUCCCAAUGGAUAUUUGAUGUUUGAAGAUGAAAAUUUUAUUGAGUCUUCUGUUGCCAAAUUAAAUGCCCUGAGGAAAAGUGGCCAGUUCUGUGAUGUUCGACUUCAGGUCUGUGGCCAUGAGAUGUUAGCACACAGAGCAGUGCUGGCUUGCUGCAGUCCCUAUUUAUUUGAAAUCUUUAAUAGUGAUAGUGAUCCUCAUGGAGUUUCUCAUGUUAAAUUUGAUGAUCUCAAUCCAGAAGCUGUUGAAGUCUUGCUGAAUUAUGCCUAUACUGCUCAGUUGAAAGCUGAUAAGGAAUUAGUGAAAGAUGUUUAUUCUGCAGCCAAAAAGCUGAAGAUGGACCGAGUCAAGCAGGUUUGUGGUGAUUAUUUACUAUCUAGAAUGGAUGUUACCAGCUGCAUCUCUUACCGAAAUUUUGCAAGUUGUAUGGGAGACGCCCGUUUGUUGAACAAGGUUGAUGCCUAUAUUCAGGAACAUUUGUUACAAAUUUCAGAAGAGGAAGAAUUUCUCAAGCUUCCACGACUAAAGUUGGAGGUAAUGCUCGAAGAUAAUGUUUGCUUGCCCAGCAAUGGCAAAUUGUAUACAAAGGUAAUCAACUGGGUACAGCGUAGCAUCUGGGAGAAUGGAGACAGUCUGGAAGAGCUGAUGGAAGAGGUUCAAACCUUGUACUACUCAGCUGAUCACAAGCUGCUUGAUGGGAACCUACUAGAUGGACAGGCUGAGGUGUUUGGCAGUGAUGAUGACCACAUUCAGUUUGUGCAGAAAAAGCCACCACGUGAGAAUGGCCAUAAGCAAAUAAGUAGCAGUUCCACUGGAUGUCUCUCUUCUCCAAAUGCUACAGUGCAAAGCCCUAAGCAUGAGUGGAAAAUCGUUGCUUCAGAAAAAACUUCAAAUAACACUUACCUAUGCCUGGCUGUGCUGGAUGGUAUAUUCUGUGUAAUAUUCCUUCAUGGGCGAAACAGCCCACAGAGCUCACCAACAAGCACUCCUAAACUAACCAAGAGUUUAAGCUUUGAGAUGCAACCAGAUGAGCUGAUAGAAAAGCCCAUGUCUCCUAUGCAGUAUGCACGAUCUGGUCUGGGGACAGCAGAGAUGAAUGGCAAGCUCAUAGCUGCAGGUGGCUAUAACCGAGAAGAAUGUCUUCGAACUGUUGAAUGCUAUGAUCCACAUACGGACCAUUGGUCCUUUCUUGCUCCCAUGAGAACACCAAGGGCCCGAUUUCAAAUGGCUGUACUCAUGGGCCAGCUGUAUGUGGUGGGUGGAUCAAACGGCCACUCAGAUGACUUGAGUUGUGGAGAGAUGUAUGAUCCAAACAUAGAUGACUGGAUCCCUGUACCAGAGUUGAGAACUAACCGUUGUAAUGCAGGAGUGUGUGCUCUCAAUGGUAAAUUAUACAUUGUUGGUGGCUCUGAUCCAUAUGGCCAGAAAGGACUAAAAAAUUGUGAUGUAUUUGAUCCUAUAACAAAGUCAUGGACAAGCUGUGCUCCUCUUAACAUUCGUAGACAUCAGUCUGCAGUUUGUGAGCUUGGUGGUUAUUUGUACAUAAUCGGAGGUGCAGAGUCUUGGAAUUGUCUGAACACAGUAGAACGUUACAAUCCUGAAAAUAACACCUGGAGUUUAAUCGCACCCAUGAAUGUGGCUCGGCGAGGAGCUGGAGUAGCUGUUCUUGAUGGAAAACUGUUUGUAGGUGGUGGCUUUGAUGGCUCUCAUGCUAUCAGUUGUGUGGAGAUGUACGAUCCAAAUAAAAAUGAAUGGAAGAUGAUGGGAAAUAUGACUUCACCAAGGAGCAAUGCUGGAAUUGCAACUGUGGGGAACACCAUUUAUGCAGUGGGCGGAUUUGAUGGCAAUGAAUUUCUGAAUACCGUGGAAGUCUAUAACCUAGAGUCAAAUGAGUGGAGCCCCUACACAAAGAUUUUCCAGUUUUAACAAAUUUAAGACCCUCUCUAACUAACAGGCUUAGUGAUGUAAUUGUGUUUAGUAGAGGUACACUUGUGAAUAAGGAGGGUGGGUGGGGGUAUAGACGUUGCUAACAGCAACACGGAGCUUUUGCAUAUUGCAUAUUAUUAAACAUGCUGUACAUACAUUUUGUGUUUGGAAAGGAAUGCAAAGAUGAAGGUUUGUUUUGUGUAUUUUUAAGAUUUCUUUGGUUAUUUUACUUUUUGGAAGUUGAUAUUGUAAAAGAAUAAACAGAGAAUUGAUUGGGCAUAUCAUUUCAAGAAGUCCCCUUUCCUGCAUUUGUUUUGCCAAUUUGCACAUUAAAUAGCUCUUCCCUCAAAUGUCUGUUAUGGGGCAAGAGGGUAGGGUUUAAAGAUAUAGGCAGUUGGGUUUUUUAAGGGCCCUUUUUCAAUAACUGGAACACUCAAUAACAAAAGAUACUUAUUUAAAUAGAUGACAAUGACUAUUUUUGUUUUUAUUAAAAGAAAGCUGACAUGCCUACCAAUAUUUAAUCUUUUAUGAUUGCCUUUUUAUAACUUUUUAUAUUCUCAGCAGAGUGCUUACCUGUUGAAGUAAAGUACGGCAGAUUCAAGUUACUGAAGCAGAGUGGCAGUCUUAAAAGAUACAGAGUGGGGUGUUUCUUUAAAAGUUCAGAAUGCAAACUUGUUAGCAUUUGCCUCAGCUGCAUUUUUAUUUAUUAUUUUCUUUAAUCCAGUACCGAUGUUUUAUUUGAAUGGAGUUGCUGAACAAUAACAUAGCAAUGAUUUUUGGCAUUUGAAACACUGGUUUGAAAACAUUUUGACUUGAGGGUAUAGUUUAUUUAGCAAAACAUUUAAUAUAUACCAAUAAAAGUAAAGUACUCUAUUUUCUAAAUAAUUUGUUUUUAUUUAUCACUAUAAAACAAUUCUAAAUGGAAGCCCUCUGUUGAAAAAAUUACUUUAAAUUAUGUUGGUUGAAUGCAGCCUGUAUCAGAAUUAUGUUUUUGUUCAGUUUUUCUAUUCAUAGGGGUAAAUACUGGUUGGGAUGACUUGAUGUCUCAUGUGUAGCUACACACCUAACUAUGGUGCCAAAAUUAGCACAUCCUAAUGCUUGCUGCGAACGCAAACACAUUAAAGGUACUUUGCAGGAAAUCCUUGCACCAUGCAAUUUGUAUUUAAAUGUCUGUGUAUUCAUUCACUACUCAAAUUUUGGAGAACGUACUUUCUAGGUAAGAAUUACCAUAAGGUGUUUGUGGAGAUACUCACCCAAUGCCUUGCAUCUGAAAUAAGGGAUGAAGAAAGGUAUUUUUCCACAGAUGAAGCACAUAGGAACCGAAUGAGUCACUUGGGACGAGAUGCCCAUGCAGUGGUUAACUCGGGUUAGGAAAAAGAUUAGAUAUUUUCUUCAAAUACUUCGGUACUCAGGUACCUUGCCACCUUAUUUGUCUCAUGUUUCACAGAGGACCACCAAGACAAGAAAUCUCUUAACCUGGUGACUAAUCAUCAAAAUCUGGUUUGACUCCGGACUCAAACUAGCAGGUUAGCAGACUUGAAUUUGCCCAGUGUGAUGACUGUUCUUUACAUGGAUCUGUGUAUGUUCUAUUCAAGGAAAUAAAGUUUUAGUUGAGGAUGCUAAAA